AAUACGUAGAGAAAGUCCAUCCCUAAUCUCUGGCUCGUCUCCUUCCUCUUCAUCUCUGCUAAAAACUCGAGCUCCCCUCAAAUAAAAACACUAAAAUUAUUCUAAUUUCUACAUUACAUACACCUCAGUGAACUCAAAUUAAAAAUACCCAUAACCACAAAUAUCCACUACACUUCACACACAGUGACAAAAAAGAAAAAGAAAAAAAAAUGGCUUGUAGAGUUCAACAUUCAAUUCAAAACAGUAUUUACUUCUUAUCUUCAACCCCUUUACUCAAUUCUUUUAACCCAACAACAAGGUCUUAUUUCAAGAAUCAAAUUAGUUUUAGUAAAAAAUUGUUUUCAUCUUCUUCAAGAACUGCCCUUUACUGCACUUGUAGUAGCAGUAAAAGUGGUAAUAAAGAUAUUUUUUCUUCAAAUGGUGGUGAUGAAUUUGUACUCACAACUCCACUUUAUUACGUUAAUGCCCCUCCUCAUAUGGGUAGUGCUUAUACUACCAUUGCUGCUGAUGCUAUUGCUCGUUUUCAGAGGCUACUUGAGAAGAAGGUUAUAUUCAUCACUGGUACAGAUGAACAUGGAGAGAAGAUUGCUACUGCAGCUGCAACUAAUGGUUCUAGCCCAAGUGAACACUGUGACGUUGUUUCACAAGCUUAUAAAGCUCUCUGGAAAGAUUUAGACAUAAGUUAUGACAAGUUUAUCAGAACAACUGAUCCAAAGCAUGAAGCUGUUGUGAAGGAAUUUUACUCUCGGGUUCUUGCCAAUGGUGACAUAUACAGGGCUGAUUAUGAGGGACUUUAUUGUGUCAAUUGUGAGGAGUACAAGGACGAGAAGGAUUUGCUGGAUAAUAACUGUUGUCCUACGCACUUAAAGCCAUGUGUUAGAAGAAAAGAAGAUAAUUACUUCUUUGCCUUGUCAAAGUAUCAACAACAAUUGGAAGAAGUUUUAAGGCAAAACCCUGGUUUCGUGCAGCCUUCUUAUCGUCUAAAUGAGGUCCAAGGUUGGAUUAAAAGUGGCCUGAAAGAUUUCUCCAUUUCCCGAGCGUCAGUAGAUUGGGGCAUUGCUGUUCCUAAUGAUUCAAAGCAAACUAUAUAUGUCUGGUUUGAUGCUUUGUUGGGGUAUGUAUCUGCACUUUUGGAGGAUAACGAGCUAGCCAGUUUAGAAACUGCAAUUUCAUCUGGAUGGCCUGCAUCGCUCCACUUAAUUGGCAAGGAUAUAUUGAGAUUUCAUGCUGUUUAUUGGCCAGCGAUGUUAAUGUCAGCAGGAAUUGGCCUACCUAAGAUGGUAUUUGGCCAUGGAUUCUUGACCAAGGAUGGAAUGAAGAUGGGUAAGUCACUGGGAAAUACACUUGAGCCAACGGACUUGGUUCAGAGGUUUGGACCUGAUGCAGUGAGGUACUUUUUCCUCAGGGAGGUAGAAUUUGGUAAUGAUGGAGACUACUCAGAGGAACGGUUCAUCAGAAUCAUAAACGCACAUUUAGCUAAUACAAUUGGUAAUCUUCUAAAUCGCACACUUGGACUUCUGAAAAAGAACUGCCAAUCAACUCUGGCGGUUGAUUCAUAUGUUGCGGCAGAAGGAAACAAAUUGAAGGCUGCAGUGGAAAAACUGGUAGAGAAGGCACGCGUGCACUAUCAAAAUUUGGAAUUAUCAGCAGCUUGCGAGACCGUGCUGGAGAUUGGUAAUGCUGGAAAUUUAUACAUUGAUGAACAAGCACCAUGGACUCUUUUCAAGCAAGGGGAGGCAGCCUUUGAAACUGCAGCAAAGGAUCUCGUAAUUAUAUUGGAAACAAUGAGAAUCAUAUCGAUUGCACUAUCACCAAUUACACCAGGCUUGAGCUUGAGGAUAUAUUCCCAACUUGGCUACACCGAGGAACAAUUCAACGCUAUUAGCUGGAGUGAUACCAAAUGGGGCGGGCUGAAAGCUGGUCAGGUAAUGGCACAGGCAAUGCCGAUCUUUGCCAGAAUAGAAGAUGGAACUGAAGCAGAGACCAAAAGUGCAGAAACAAAGAAAGGUAGUAAAAAGGAGAAGACACCUAAAAGUAAGAGCCCUGUUGAAGCUUAGAACUUUUUCAUGGUAAUCUUAAACAUCAUU